CGUGGGAAAUGAACAGUGUAAGAAAUGUGAGUUAUUCAGCAAGAGUGUGAAUUGAGACUAUGUAUGUUAUGGGAGCAAUUCGACAACGCUGCAAAACAUGGAACGAGAGGGGAAGGAAAGGAAACGAGGAGCAAGUAAGAGUUCUGAGAGCAUGGAACAAUCUUCAAAAAAAUCGAAGGGGACGCCGACCGCUGGAGGGGGGAGUCAGGAGACACCGGGGACUAAGAGCCAACGCACCCCGGUUCCGCAGGUUGCGCCUUCCACAGGCACUCCGGUUCCACGGAGUGGGCCUUCCACAGGCACUCCGGUUCCGAGGGGUGCACCUUCCACAGGCACUCCGUCGACUCGUGUUUGGGGCUCUGGACCGGAUAAGGCUAUGUUGAUGACUGGCGGGCCUGCGGGUCAGGAACGUGUGCCUGGUCCGCGGCAGGGAAGAUCUGCAGUCGACGUUGUGCCCAGACGUAAACCGUCUGGUGAAACGACUGUCGCGGGUCGACGAGACGAUGUGCCCGUGGUUGAUCACAAGGACAAGUUCAGGAUGUUGGACUGGGUGGGGGAGAUCGGAGAACCAUCGAGUGACCUUGUUCUAUACAUGGUCAUAAAAGAAAAUAUUGUACCGGUUGGGGGCCUGGUGAGGUGGACUGGACAAGGUGCACCGUCUGCAAUGUUCGAGUUGAGGAUGGUCCUGUAUGGAAGAGGGGAAAGGAUGUCGAAUGUUAAACACGUCGCUCUUCGAUGGACAACUCACGCAGGAUAUGGCAAGUCGCUCGUUGACGUAUUCAACACACCAGAGAGUACGGAAGUGAAGUUGCCUGACCUCGUCGACGUCCUCGGGUUUUUUGACAGUAAUGUAAUCGCGGGCGAAGAGUCGAUUGUGCAUCGAGAAGACUGCAUAUCGGAGCCUAAAUGCGUGCUUUCGAAAACCGUGGAGACUGGGCUUUCGAUCACGAUCCGCGACACACCACCGGCUCCGAAAGCUGGGCAGAUUGGAGAGAAGGGUCCGUACCGCGAACUGGUCGUGCCGUCAGCCCCUGUGAAGUCCAGGCCAACGGCAACCAAAGCACCAGUUGCCUUGGGCAGCCAACCGCGCUAUGCAACAGCCACCAAGGGACCUCUCCCCUUGGUGGGCUUGCAGCGGUGCGACUACACUGUGCCAAGCCGCGCAGAGGAAGCCCAUGAAUAUUUUGAAGAUGAUGAUGACGAGAACAACGAGGAAUAUUCGAAACGAGCAGGAGGACAGGAACAGUAUGCGGUGGGUGUCGGUGACAUGACGAGGCGCUAUAGGGAAACAAGUAAAGUGGUUGGACAGGAUGAAGACACUGAGCACACUAUCAGCGAAUUGGGUGGAGAGGUUGGUCUGAUAGGGGGAUAUGGGGGUAGCGACGAAGGAUGUGAGGGGGAUGUGCAUCCAACACGAGGGGGAGUGCACCACGAGACAGUGACUGUGACUGCGCAUACAAAUGCUACAGGGCUCGCCGAGCGAAAGAGGAAGCACAGACAGGAGAGGAGAAGUGCUUUGGAUAGUAAACGGAGUAAGCAGGAAGCGGGUCAGAAAAGACAAUUGAAACUAUUGCCCAUGGAUGAGGAGGUCCAGCGCACACGGAAGAUUGAGGCGGCCAUGAAGAAAAAGCAGCAGCCAAAUAAAAAAACGGCAAAGGGUGGUGUCAUGGAAAAAACUUCCGCUUUUUCAGCAGAACAACCACAAUCGGAUGAAGAGGCCGAAGGCAAGACAGUUACUAGGCCGCCAAAUUUGCGAAAUGUGUCAUCGGAGACUUCUUCUGGUGUUUUCAUCAAAGGAUUCUUCCUUGAGUUGGACGAGCAUGGGAAGCAGUGUCCAGACAUGGAAUUCAUUUCUGUCAAGUUCGACAGAAUUCUAGAUAUCCCCGACGGGUAAUUCAGAUACAAUCAACGCUAUCUUGUGCA